AUGCCACGAGCAUUCCCGCUUCCUGUUAACAUUGGAACCGACAUUUGCAGAAUCAGUCGCAUUCAGGAUAUCCUAACGAAGCAUCAAUCGAAAUAUGCACAUCGAUUUAUCAGAAGGAUAUUCACUCCACAGGAGCAAGUGUGGUAUCGACCGAGGUUAUUGCCAUUGAUCGAAUACCUCUAUUUUAUGGAACGAAGGGAGUUUAUUCAGGGGAAAAUAGAAAAGCAAGAAAGAUGGAAGGCGAAAAGCUUGGAGGCGUUGAUAGGACUCGUUACGCCGAAAGAGACGCCUCUGCUGAAUAGUACUGCCGCGAAUGAUAGCCCUGUCGGUUCUUUGAUAUGGCCUACCCACGGCGCGCAAGAAGAUCUGAAGAAAUUGACAAAAGAGGAAGAGGAAUCAAUUUUACUUCAAUUGAAAGAAAAUGUGCACGGAGUUGCGAGAUUUGUGGCUGGCCGUUUUGCGGCGAAAGAAGCAGCGAAGAAAGCAUUUAGCAAAAGAAAAUUGAAUUUCCACGACAUUACAAUUGACAGCCCAUCUCUGGAUAACCUCAGGUCUAGAGCACCCGUCACACUCAUUAAAUCAGCAGCAGGACAGGAGGACCAGAUAGUACCGAUGAGUAUAAGUCAUGAUGGAGAUUAUGCGACUGCUGUGUGUAUGUCUUGUGAGGAUGUUGCUCCUCCACCUACGCCAGAUCUUCAACAGAUAGAACCUAUGUUAGCCCGCCUUCUCGAUGAAAUAACGAUUAAACGAUUAGAGCUACCGGCAGUAUCAUCCAGAUCUUUAGACAAGGGCAAACGAACACCCGAUUCAAGCCUGAAAGAUUCUACUUUAGAAAAAUCUUCAGAAAGACUUUCGACUCCACUCCAGAAGAUACCGGUAAAAUUGACAAGUCCAAUUACUGGAAGGUUGUCAGAAAUUUUGAAUUCUACUCCGGGCGGUGGAUCAAAGAUCUCGGUUCCUGAAGUCAAGGAAGAUCUGAACGAUUCCGAAGUCUCGGAUCUUGUUCAACCUGGGGCCUCUUCAUCUUCUAUGAACGACGUGAUUGAUAGUAAUUCGGAUGUUUCAAAAAUUCCAAUUCAUGAUCCGUCAGAAGCCUCAUUGCCCGCAUCUAAUGACCCAGCGAUCAGAUAUCAUUUGAGUCGUGCAAGUGCCUUCAAUUCUUUCAAUGUUGAUCUGCUGAACAAAUCUUUCAACCGUAACUCUCCUGAUUCACAAGCCAGAGGAUUUAAUUAUAAGGGCAUCCAAAUGAGUGGCUACCAACCGACCGAAGACACACAGAAUAGGACAGAGUUUGUACAGGAAUCUGAUAAUACUCCUUUUUCUCAACCCAAAGGUCGUUCAUCCACGUGGAUUGGAAGAUCUGACAACCAAUCGACCGAAUACCCUCAACAUGAUCGAGGUUUUUCACAACCAUCUAAUGAUGCUCUUGUUCAUCGCUCUGAUGUUUGGACAUGUAAAUCGGAAGGAUGUGGUUGUCAAAACAGUAUCUAUGAUCACCGGUGUGUGAACUGUGGUACCGAGCGCCUUGAGGGUUGGGCCAAUUGGAUAGAUCUAGACAGUAAAUAUAAUGAAAGGUUGGCAGAAUCCUCGAAUCAUGUUGGGCUCCCAUUUAAGAUCGAUCCGGCUCAAGAGGAAGAGAAAAAGAUGAGGAUAGCAAAUCGUCAAGCGAGACUACACGAACGAUCGCAAAGUAUCUAUGGAUUGCCAACAUAUUUAGAUCCUAAAAUAAUCAAAAAGAAUGUCGAGAACAGUCUUAAUGUCAUAGGAAUUCCCCUCGGCACAACGAAUGAAGAAUUAAUCGAGGCUUUCAAGGGAAGAUGUACAGCCAUAAAAGGAUAUGUCAGGUAUUCGAAACGGGGCACUGUGUAUGGUUCAGUCGUCUUAUCACGAGAGCGCGAAGCAAAUAAACUGCGACAUAUGGAUAGAAAACCCAACGAAUUACCCAAGAUCAGGGGCCACAAGCUAAGAAUGGUCAAGGCGGAUGAUUGGCUCAGAGCAUUCCUGAGGGAGUAUGGAUCAGGCGCUCGAAUUUGGGACUGGAGGGCGGAUUUCUGGACCACGGAUGUUUUCCAUCGGUAUGAUAAGAAGGAGUGUGAGGAACAUGCGAAAGAGCAGCUGGAGGUGUGGAAAGAGAUUCAGCGAAAGGAACAGGGGCAACUGGAAGCGGAUGAAAAGAAGAUGCGGAAGAAAUUGGCGAAGUUGGAGAAGGGUUUGGCGGAGAAGGGCACGAGGAAGUUGGCGAAGUUGGUGGAUGAAAUGAAGCAGAAGUUGGAGAUGACGGAGAGGGAAGGGUUGAGGAGGGGGUUGAAGGAGCUGGGGGGAGAGAAGGAAUAG